UUUCCAUAAACUUUACAAGGUAAUAAAUCAUACUGUUCGAAGGAAUUUCUCAACUGACAAACUUUCUCUGUUCCUUUUCCACAAUAGCGAUAUGCUGAAAUCAGAUUUGACCCACACAAGAAAAUGUGAUUUUUUUUUAAAUUAAGCAGACGUUAUGAAAGUACUCGAUGAAGAAACUGAGAUGGCUAGCAAACUGUGGAAACGAAAUAACACUUAUUCAUGCAAUUGUUUGAUUUUUAAAAUUUAUUAUGGUGAAUAUUAAAUUUCGCGUUGGUAAAUUUCGCCACGUUUUUUUUUUCGCGAACCAUUAAUUUCGCAGUUUUUGUUUGUGCGCGAAAAACGCUAGAUAAAAGACGGGAAAAGUGAAGGGUUUCGAGGAUCAGUUGACCAACUGGUCGUAGAUUGACACGUGUACAUGAACUAGAUUUUCACCGCGCUUACCUCGGGAUAAUUUUUUAAGAAAUUGUGUAAGAAUUUCAGCAGAAAAGUUUCUACAAGAGAGCAUUCUAUAUUCAUUUUGAAGAGCCAUUCUCGAUAGAAAAAUAGACGAACCUUCAGUCUGACCUUUUUCUCACAAUUCUCUGACGCUACCUGCCGGCCGGGAGUUUCAACAAUGAAAUCGAUUGAAAGGCCAACAAUUUUCUGUUACGCUUAAACCCGGGCAAUUCGUAAACUGCGAAACCAAAACGGUUUUUAGAUUCGCUACGCGUUUCUAAAGAAACAUGGAAAGCUUUCAAGGGCAAACAAGUGGUUCUGUCGAACCGUGCUGAUUUGAGACCGUACCAGUUUACAGGGCCACCAACAACAGUUUUCUCUCAAAUGCGAAUUUAUCACGGAUUCUUUUGUCCGUUUCUCAAAAACCUUCGGUCUUAUUGCCUUUCUGAAAAUCAUCGCUGAUCUCUUUUUCGGUACCCAAAACGACAUACAUAUUUAUCAAUCUGAAAAGAACAAGGGAAACGAUACGUUAGGUGCCCCUGCGAAGUAUCUACAGUACUGGUUGACGAAUUUCUCGAGCUUGAGCGUCAUGUAUCAUCUCCAUGUUCUCAACACUCAAAAAAUAUAACAAAAUAUCGACGGGAAGACUUAUUCAAAUCAAACUUCCUCAGAGAACUCAAUGUUUAUUUAGAAACGCCAUUUUAAAAAUCCCUUCAAAAUUUUCCAUUUUUGUUCUGAAAUGCAUGUUUAGCGAUUCCAACUAGGACGGUUUGAGUAGGACUUUUGGUCAGUUUACUGACUGCCGAGAAUAUAUAAACUCCAUUUUGCACCCGUGAGUCUAUUAUAGAACCGAAAGAAGGCAUGCGAUUUUUAAUGACUUAUUAUGCCCAAGCGAGCAAGAUUCGUCCACUACGAACACAAGACCAAAAUAGUUUUUGAAUCUCUUCGCAUUCCUAAAUAAACGUAGGAUACUCUUUUAGGUUUAAAAAUUUAAAAAACUCUUUCCGUCGUAAACAUUGCCAGAUGAAGCAGAUCUAAAUAUGCUAAAAUUCUGGAACAUAUUUGCCUCCAGGCAAAGUUAAGGGGACAUAUUUUUAACUUGAGACCGGAACAUUUCAAGACGCGAAUUGUUAACGAACGAGUUCCUGGAGUUCUUGUUUACAGUAUAUCAUUUUGUGCAUUUUAGAUCAAAGUUCCUCAAAUAUGCUAACAAUAAAACGUCAGCACGGAAACUUUAGUUUAUUUCAAUAUGAUUGAAUGUGACCGGUCAUCAUAAGCUAUCAAGACAGGUGAGACGAAGGCUUUUACCAGUCAAAAAUCCACAAUUAGGCCCGUCCCAUUGUCCGAUGACCGGCGGUUAUUUCCAUCCCUGUCGAAGGGUUGAAUAAGACUUUCCAUCCAAAUCUGAAAAAAUUUCUGACGGCUGGGCAUUUAUCAGUCCCGUUACCGGCUGUCCGGCCCAUGGUCACUGCGUAUAGUUACUACUAGGUAAUGUAAGGCUAACAAGAUCGAUAAAUAUAGAAAAGUUUUUCUUUCUUUAUUUACGCAAUUCAGCGUUACUAUAUUACCAUAACCGUGUUUAUUUGCCGUGACAAGUCCCCUGACAAUGAAGCAGUUUUAUUGACUAACAGUUAUGAAAGGAAUGGGUCAGAACUCAAUGGAAACAACUGAGUACCUUCAUCGCAGUUCGAUUUAUUCCUUCGAAUGUAAAAAAGAACGAGUUGCUAGAACUGUUAGGGGCAGGAUAUCAGGUUCCUAAACAGGAAUUUUUCAAGAGUAUCCUUAGACUUUUUACGUAUGAUAACCACUUAUACUGACAGCUCUUUCAACUAACACAGACUUCCGGACCAGUCUUAAGUGUGUGCCCUAAAGAUUAUCGUAUGUCUUCACAUGUGAGCGGAUUCCAGCUUUCGCGAUUUUUUUUUUUCGGUGCCGGAAUGUUGGCGUGAAUUUAAAUUUCGUGUUUCUUUUUUUGGAUUUUCUAGAGUUUGUGGCGAUCUCAGCUGAUUUCAUCGAUCUUUUUUAAACUGUUCAAUCUUUUUUUUAUUUCAAAUUUAGCAAGAACAGAGGUUAGUUGGAAAAUCUAUAUUUACACGAAUAGACCACGUUGGCGGCCAAUGCGCAAAACUUCAUGUAGCUUGAACGUUCAAGACAACGGAAACGGAGUUAUAAAUAACUCGUGCGGGACAUUUCAGGUUUUUUCUGAACAAUAGGCAGUGAAUAGGCAGACUUGUUUAAAGCUGGUUGCUUCCUUCUACACUUUGUCAGUGUGUCGAAGAGUGACUUAGUUGUGAUUCUCUAAACUUGGUGUUGGUGUAUUAAACAGAAGACGGCCGGACAACUAUGGCUCGCUUGAUGUUGCAGAUGUUGCUUCUUUUUGUAGUCGCCUCGAUGACUUUUGCUUCCAGGGCAGGAACUUCUCAAAAAAGUUCAUUGCCCAGCUACGCACUGAAAGUCUCCAAGGAUGGGAAAGAUUAUGAUGAAGACGUUUCGGCCAACAUAAGGGAUGGAACCGAGACUUUUCACCUUCGUGAAGCCUCAUCUGGCAAAGAUGCUGGAGAUAUCAUCUACGACUUAAAAAGGAAUUUGACAAUGAUCCGAGUGCCAGAAGCAAGGGCCUGCUUCCUGAGUGAAUCAACCAAAAAUAUUCCCAGUCCAGCUAACUUGCUGCAACUUCUCAAACUGCUGACUGGCAAAGGUGAUUUGAAAAUAACUCCUCAAACUGAAGUGAAGUUGAAGGCUCAUGGUACCCUUACAGACCGUUCUCAACUGAGCAGGGAGAUGGUGAAUCUUUGCGCAAAGCUCACAAUCUACCGAGUCACCGAGGAUAAUUCAAACCCACAGAACAUGAAUCAAACAAAUGAUGCAGUGGAAAAUGCUGAUGAGGCCCAGUUGCCUGCAAAACAUGCAAAACGCAUUUGGAAACACGUGUGUAAAACUAUCUGUUCCUUGAAAUGCUGGACGAAGUGCAGUGGCUGGGUUUGCUAUCCAGUGUGUAAGCAUGUGUGCCGUAAAGUGUGCUCUUGGAUUUUUGGGUAAAGCAGAAUGUUCCUGCAUUUACCCACCAAUGUGGCACUAUUAACACAAAGCUUUGUAAUUUUAGUUUACUAUUUUUUAAGUUUGGGGUUUAAGUCAGUUUUUCUAUUGUCUUGUAAAUGACAGGAAUUUUACUGGCUGGUUAACUGGGGAUUUAGCUGUAAACAUUUUAAAGUAAGCCACAAGCUAAGCAAAAGGAAAUAAAGCCACUUGGUCAACAGCACAA